AUGGCUACCCGAGUUCAAGAUUAUGGUAUGGAUGUGGCCAUCUCCCGCAAAUUGAACAGCCGAUAUGAUCCGGACGCGGAACGACAAGCUAUCGGUUGGGUCAAUCAACUGGUCGGACAAUCCAUUCCUCUGGGUCGCGAGAAUGUGCAACGCUCGUUGAAGAAUGGUCAAAUUCUUGUCGAUCUGAUCAGCGCUAUCUACGACCGCACACCAAACUUGCCCCCCAAAGCUCAAAUGGUUCGUCGCCCAAUCCGACCUUCUGCUGGUAAUGCUCCAUUCAAACAGAUGGAAAAUAUUCAAAAGUUCCUGGACUGCUGCGAAGCCUACGGUGUUCCACGCGAAUGUCUGUUCCAAACUGUUGACUUGUACGAAGCCCGAAACAUGGCCCAAGUGUUGGCAACUCUUCUUCAACUGGGAACCGAGUGUCAACGUAACGGAUUCCAAGGACCUGCUUGCGGACCGAAACCAACUUAUGCCAAUCGCCGACAAUGGAGUGAAGAUCAACUGCGUGCUGGUGAAGGCAUUAUCGGUUUGCAGGCCGGAACAAACAAGUUGGCCUCACAGAAAGGCAUGUCGUUUGGAAAUCAACGUCACAUUGCCGAUAUCCGUUGUGAUGAUAUGACUCCAGAAGGUGCUGCCGUUAUCAGUCUACAGAUGGGAACGAACAAAUUUGCUUCGCAGAAGGGUAUGAGUUUCAGCAACCAGCGUCACAUUGCUGACAUUCGUUGCGAUGAUUUGAGCCAGGAGGGAAAAUCGGUGAUCAAUUUGCAGAUGGGCACCAAUCAGUUUGCUUCCCAAAAGGGAAUGCGACUGGGAGCUAGCCGUCACGUAGCCGAUAUCCGUUGUGAUGAUCUAUCCAAAGAAGGUCAGAGCAUAAUCAGUCUGCAAUACGGUACGAACAAACUGGCCAGCCAGAAAGGUAUGCGCAUGGGUGCUCAGCGUCACAUUGCUGACAUUCGCUGUGACAAUUUGUCCCAAGAAGGCGCCUCGGUGAUUGGUCUUCAGAUGGGUCUUGCCCAAAGCCAAGUAGCUUCACAAGCUGGCAUGUCAUUCGGUGCUCAAAGGCACAUUAAUGACAUGCACUAA